UUAUGUCUGGCAAGUGGUUCCUGACUGAGUGCGUACUUAUGUGUGAAACUGAGUCAGAGGCUAAGUAGUUUGCAUCAAUUGAGCUCAGUGAACUUGAAGCAUCGGAAGAGAGGGAGAAAAGCAAUCAACCCUGCUUUCAACAGAAAGUACUUUUUUUUGCUGCAUCUCCGACAACAUUUGGAAUCAUUUUGCAGUUACAGCCAAUAUGUGGAUAAGAACCAUCAAGACAAUAUUUUUCACCUUUUGGAAUUAAAAGGAGACAGGCUCAACUAUAAGAUCUCUUUAAUGGACUUUUUGGCCAACUAAUCACAUCCCCAUAGACAAUCUGGGAUGCUGAAUGAUAAUUAAAAAAGAAAUUAUUCUUCCACUGAGUGGACUCAUUUCAUCUUUUAGAUCUCUUUUUCAAGUAUAGGGAGUUUAGGGAUUGAGAUUUUAUACCUUGCAAGAAAGAACAAGGGUGAUGAAGUGUAAGUGUUGAUACCUGAAUGAGAUGAAAAUCUCUUGGCAGGUCCUAUGUUGUGAUGUGGCCAGAGAGCCUGGAUGCAAGACUUGUGUGACAGAUUUUUAACAUGACCAUCUGUGUUUCUCUGAUCUUGAGGAAAAGAUGCAAGUACAGAUCACGGAAAGUGCCAUUUCUCUUGUUGCUGCUGGUGCUGGCCUUUUUCCUAUUGAUGGUAACAAUGCUGAGUCAAGCACCCAAAGCCCUGAACAGGGAAGGAUUAUCCCAGCCUGCAAAGUCCUUCCCUAAAGAAGGGUGCCAGGUGGAUUUUGGUGAGCCUCAAGAGAUCUUAGACGCUCAGGAGGAUAGCCCGCAGUACUUGCCCAUGGAGGGACUCUCACCUUUCAUCUCUCUAAGGGAGGACGAACUUCUGGUGGCUUUGGAGUCAGACUCAGCCAAGAGAAACCAUACCAAAGCUAGGAAAGGAUACCGGAUGGUCAGGCAACAAAGCAGAAGGCAAGAGGAGGAUAGGCAAGUGCGAGACUCUGAAUUGCUGCUCCAGUCCUUUCCCCUACAGGAUGGAGGGCAGACUGAUGCAGGGGAACUACUGGCUAUAGGUAGCCUGGGAACUCAUGGAUUUAAUGAAGCACUCAGCAAGCAGAUCCCACUGCACAGGGAGCUGCCAGAGGUACGGCAUCCUUUGUGCCUGCAGCAAGAAACCAACCCUAAUCUUCCUACAGCGAGUGUUAUUAUCUGUUUCCAUGAUGAAGCCUGGUCUACUCUCCUGAGAACAGUUCAUAGUGUCUUGGAUACAUCCCCAAAGGGCUUUCUCAAAGAAAUAAUCCUUGUAGAUGACCUCAGUAAGCAAGGGUAUCUGAAGUCAUCCCUGAGUGAAUACAUCUCUAAGCUGGUGGGUGUGAAAUUGAUUAGGAGCAACAAAAGACUUGGGGUCAUCCGGUGCCGUAUGCUUGGAGCUGCACGAGCAACAGGGGAUGUCGUGGUCUUCAUGGACUCCCAUUGUGAGUGUCACAAAGGCUGGCUCGAACCCCUGUUGGACAGACUAGCCAGUGACAGAAGUCGGAUUGUUUCUCCUGUCAUAGAUGUAAUUGACUGGAAGAUGUUUCAGUAUUAUCACUCUGUGGACUUGCAAAGGGGUGUUUUUGACUGGAAAUUAGAUUUCCACUGGGAGCCACUGGCAGAACAUGAAAAGAAGGUACGGCAGUCUCCCAUCAGCCCUAUCAGGAGCCCUGCAGUGCCUGGAGUAGUAGUAGCAGUGGAUCGACAUUAUUUCCAAAAUACGGGUGGUUAUGAUUCUGACAUGACCCUGUGGGGAGCUGAAAAUCUUGAAUUAUCUAUAAAGGCCUGGCUUUGUGGCGGAUCUGUUGAAAUCCUUCCAUGCUCACGUGUGGGGCAUGUCUAUCGAACAGGCAAUCCAUACAACUUUCCUGAUCAAGAAGCAGUAGAGAGGAACAAAAUCAGAAUAGCUGAAACUUGGCUGGAUUCAUUUAAAGAUUUAUUUUACAAACAGGACAGGAUGGCAUUUUUAAUCAGCCAGGCUGAGAAGCCAAACUGCAGUGAGCGUGUUCAGCUGCAAAAAAGACUGGGAUGCAAACGUUUCCAGUGGUUUAUCUCAAAUGUGUUUCCUGAACUUCAGCCACUUCAGCACAGACCAAGAUUCUCAGGCAAGCUGUACAAUACUGGUAUUGGAUUCUGUGCAGAGUACAGGUCUCAACAGGGUGCUGCAGGAGGCUGUGUUGAAUUAUCACCUUGUAGUGACAAAAUCAACCAGCAGUUUGAAUACAAUAGCAUGAAGGAAAUCUGUUUUGGUUCUGCACAACAACUUUGCUUUGAUGUCGGGCAUGAAAAAGUUGUCCUUCAAAACUGUACAAAAGAGACAGAAAACAGCUCACAGCACUGGGAUAUUAAAGAGAAUGGAAUGAUUGUUCACAUUCUUUCUGGCAAAUGCAUUGAAGCCACAAAGACAGAAAUGUGUUUACGGACAUGUAACAUGGAAGCCAAUCUGAUGUGGCAGUUUGAUCAUUCACACAACGUAGAUGAGAGAUGAAUAUGAAGAACUCCAUUGUUAUUUGAUCCACGUGUUGCCAAGCUUCAAGAAAGGAAAUGUGUUCAACUUAAUUUCUCCAAGCAGAAUAUGAACAAUCCAGCUUCCUGCAAUUCUUCCUAAAAUGUACUGCCAUGGACAGAUGGUAUUAUGCUAUUCCAACAAGAGAUUAAAAAUAUAGGAAAUGAUUCUUUUAAAAGGUUUUUUGUUAUAAAGUUAUGCAAGCUUACAGGUUACACAGACUUCUUCUUUAGGUUUCAGCUUGUCCUCAGUUAUGCAGCUGCAAAUUGGGGUUUAUUUUUCAAAGAACAUUGCAAUUGCUUUUUCAAAAAAACUUGGGGGGACAAAUUGCCAGAAGUCAGGUGUUUAUUUUAAUAUACUAUGUAAUUUAUGGAAAUAAGUGGUUAAAACUAUUAUUUUUGAAGCUUGAGGAACCCUUGUCAAGAGUAUCACUGUGAUUCAAGUGGAGGUAUAACAAGCUCAACAGUGCUUCUGACAAUUGUAAUUAAACCUACUAUGAAAUGUUACCUAUUGAAAAUAAAACCAGUCCUCCCUCUUGUGGAGUCAAUGGAGAUACAUGAAUCUAAUAUCAGAUUACAGUUACCUUCUGGUAGCCUUUCCCCCAAUUUUCUUGAAAAAGAGCCUCAAUGUUCUGAAGUUGCAUGGUUGAAGACCAAAUUGUGAUGCCUUUCCCUGCCUAAUGAAGAGUUCGGGAUAACCUGUAAGGUUGCAUAAUUUUGUAACAAUAACAAUUUGGGUGGUUUAAAAAAAAAGUUUCACUUACUUUGUACCUCUUUUUUGUUGAUUGAACUAAAUAUGGUGAAGCCCAAACUGAGUAAAUAAAAUAACUCCCAACAAAAAUAAAUACAUCAAUAACUUUCAAAACUUUCAAUAAUGUUCUUUGUGUUUCAGAUGCUGUUUUUAAGAGCCGCAGUUUAGAAACUGAUAAGGCCAAAUACUGAAGUGCAAAAUUGUGUUUGUGGUAAUUGCAUUUGUGGCAAAGUAGUCGGAUGACUAAUUUGUUGCCACUAUUAUGCAAUCUGUGCUGGAAGCAAAGUGGCUGAACAGGAACAGUUUGGCUGUCUGUGAAUUGGCCCUGUGGAUAAAUUUUGUGAAUUUGUCCAGCCUGUCAAAGACAAAAUGGCAUGUAAGGAACAACUUGCAGAACUGUAUGUAUGUGGGAGCAAAUCUGGCCAAAAUUAGCGUAAAUGAAACUUGAUUCGUGCCAGUGUGUCAGCAGGACUGGCCCAUGCUAUUUUCCUGUCUGAAACAGAUCAUCAAAUGUGUCCCCUCCUUUUCUUCCCUCCUCUUUAUAUAUUAGCAGGGAAAUGCUUGACUAACAAGCAGAAGGUUGCCAGUUCGAAUUCCCGCUGGUAUGUUUCCCAGACUAUGGGAAAUACCUAUAUCGGGCAGCAGCAAUAUAGGAAGAUGCUGAAAGGCAUCAUCUCAUACUGUGCCGGAGGAGGCAAUAGUAAACCCCUCCUGGAUUCUACCAAAGACAACCACAGGGCUCUGUGGGCGCCAGGAGUCAAAAUGGACUUGACAGCACACUUUACCUUUAUUAAAAUCAACCCCCCCCCCAACUCCUUCCUCCUCUCCAAUCUCCCGUUCCUUCUUUGCUGUUACAAAAGGAAGAGGAAAAGCAGUUUGGUGCCAUUUUUCCUUCUUCCCUAUUCAGGUCACCCUGGGGGUGGGCUGUCAUGCAGCCCCUG